AUGCCUCAAUUAAUCUCGCCUCUGGCCCUCCGGGCCCUGCGGACUCUUGUCCAGCGCCCAGCUAUUUCAUCAACACCCCUCCGCACCCUCGCCACUUCCACCAACGCCUUCCGUGCCCAGCCCGCGCUCACCUCCCGCUUCAACUUCCAGCCCGUUUUCCGCACUCAAACGGCUCUGACCCUGUCAGCCACUGCCCGUCGACAAUUCUCCAGCUCCCCGAUUAUCCAGGCGACAUACAACCAAGUCCGUCGUGGCUGUCGACAGGGUCAGCGCGCGCGCCGUGGACGUUCGCCCGCGCUCAAGGACCACCCUUCAUUGAAGGGUGUGUGCCUGAAGACCGGUGUCACAAAGCCCAAGAAGCCUAAUUCUGGAGAGCGAAAAAUUGCUCGUGUGCGCUUGAGUACUGGCAAGGUCAUUAGUGCUAUUAUUCCCGGAGAAGGACACAAUAUCCAACAGCACAGUGUCGUUCAGGUUCGUGGUGGCAGAGCUCAGGAUUGUCCUGGUGUGAAGUACCACUUGGUUCGUGGUGCGAUGGAUCUGGGUGGUGUUGGAAGCCGGAACUCCAGCCGCUCCAAGUAUGGAACGAAGAAGCCCAAGAGCAACUAG